AUGAAAUGCACACUUUCAUCAAAGAAAAAGAUUCAGUUCAUCAACGGUUUGCUUAUUCAACCUUCUUAUUCAUAUCUCGAUCACGAUCUUUGGGAUCGCACCAACAACAUGGUGAUUUCUUGGAUCACCAGGACUUUAUCACAUGUUUCACAAAGCAUCAUUUUCAUCGACUCUGCCUUUGAUCUAUGGUCCGAUUUAUGUGAUAGGUUCACCAAAGAUAAUCAUUUCUGUCUUUUUGAUCUUCUCCGCGACCUUCACUCAAUUAAACAAGGAGAUUGCAAUUUAUCGACUUUCUUUAUCAAUCUUAAGAUUCUUUGGGAUGAACUUGAAGAUUUACGCCCUACACCUUCGUGUACUUGCUAUGUUCCCUGCACAUGCAAACUGACCAUCGUUGUUCGAAGCUUCAAAGAUCAAGAAUACGUCACUUGCUUCCUCAAAGGAUUGAAUGACAAUUAUUCCAAUAUUCGCACUAAAAUUCUUCUCAUGGAGAACUUACCCUCCAUUAUCAAGGUAUAUUCUUUGGUUGCUCAACAAGAACCUACAUCCAAUCCAUCUCCUCCAAACUCUGAUGUUGUCAGUGUGAAUUAUGGAACUACCAAUUAUCGUAAUACACAACAAGUUGGACGUGGUAGAGUACGUCCUCAACCAAAGUCUCAAAUGUUCUGCACACAUUGCCAUAAAACCAAUCACACAGUGGAUUCUUGCUACUUCGAACAUGGCUUUUCUCUUGGGAACCAUUUAAAUAAAAACCAUAAUCAUAAUUCACUUCCUCCUUUUGAAAUCAAGUCUACUUCACCAUCCAAUUCAAUUCUAGAAGACCACUCUCCUUCAAUUUCAAGGGAAGAUUAUCAUUACUUGGUUAAUCUUCUUCAGUCAUCGAAAAAGGAGACUCACAACAAGAAAACAUAG